CAUGGAUGGAAAUGCUGGAUCUCCAGGCAAUAAGGAUAAGCUUACGAAAUCUCUGCCACCGUCUUUCCUUCGCUCGAGGUCUGGUAACACGGACAAAUUCAUCAGAAAGAGCAUGAGAGACGUCAGCAAUGACACCAUACUAAUCAACGGAAAAAUACCAAAAGAUGGUAGCUUGAGAAACCGAGCUCGGAAAGUCUCGCAUAACUUUAAACACAAAUUGAAGAGUCUCUUUAGUUUGGUCAAGGGGGAUUCUGAUAAGGAGGUGUUUCCUCCUCAGCAAAUUGAGGCGUCAAAGUCACACGUCACUGACGAUGAUUACAUGAGGAUCAAUGAGUUCCAAUUCGACUCCAGAAGCGAUGAAGCUGCCAUUUCUCGUGUUCCAUCUGGUGUUCCAUCCUUGCACGCAGUUCCUUCGCAUCAGCAACUUCGCUCGCGACAAGGGAGUGUCGAGAGCCUCCGAAGCGAAAGACGAGCCUCGGAUGAGCGAUCUCGGGUAACAAGCUGGUCGAAUUCGGACACCAACACCAUCAAUACUUUGAGCAGUCGUAAGGGAGAAUGGGAACGGCAGCGCCUAUCUGUCAUAAAAGAAAACGGGAUGCACGUCUCUUCAUCGUCGGCAAGAUACCCCGGUGUUGCGGCCCAUGUCACGAACACGAAUAACAGUCCCCACUCCAUACCGCCGCCGAUACCGAUACAACCAGCAACGGUUAACAGCCAAAGAAUCUAUUCGGCACUUAUGAAGAGGCUAAGCGAUACCAGCAAACAUUCGAAAGGGAACGAGUUGAAGAGAAAAAAGACUGUUGACAACUUAAUCACCGCAGCUGCCGUACCCCCAAGAGGUAGCUCACAGCACCACGAAGGCAGAGGACCCAACUCGCCAGCAACCAUUCGCUACGUCGUUUCCGAUGGUCUAUCUAACACAUCGUCAACGAGAACGAUUGAGAGAAAGCCCGUUGCAAAUAGUAGAAGAGUUAAGGCGGAGCCAAGUGAAUCUCCCUCUCCUGUUGGGACAUCUUCAACUAAACCGGGAAUCCCGUCCUCGGCGUCGAUGCUGUUGGGAGACGAAGCGAGUAAGUCGCUGAAUACCGAUGGUUGGAAAUCUCCUAUACCGCGUAUUGAAGAGCCUACACCUCCAGCAAGAGCACUAUCGACUCGAAGUUCGGCCUUCUUUGCUAGCCCAACGUGCCAUCUCUUCCGCACGCGGAGUCCGUAUAGACGUGCACUCCAAGAUUCGAUCAAAGCGGAGUCUCAAAACACGCACCUUAGGUCUCCCGAAUGCAACCCUUGGAUGCGUUCCCUAACUAGUUUACCCAUCCGAUGCCCGAGUACAUGCGAUACGGAGCUAGACAUGAAGAUGCAAUACGCCGAAAGCGUGUAUUCCUCCACCGACGACCUGGGAACUGGAUCUUCGACCGACCCAUCAAAUGUCGCCGACAAGUUCCCAAAGCCGCCAAAUAACGUCCACGGAGAUGCCACCAUAUUCCUCAGUCCCCCCGUCUACCGCCCCACACCACCCUCCCUAGCCAAGCACAGGGUCACUUCUUCCACAAGCUCCGUAGAAUGGAAAACAUGGCUAUCGGCCAAUGUCUCUAAGCUCGAAGGCACAGGCACACCUGACCGCACUGAAUCCGGCGUCCUUGAGUAUACUAUCCCGAGAACUGCACCCACUCGGCCCUCAGGCCACAUCCGGGAAAAGGCCCAAAUCAACGACACUGACGACGACGACGACGACGAUGAGGAGCAGCCGCCCCUGCCCUUCCCCUGCCUCUCCAACAUAGAAGUCUACAAGCCCACGCGCCCGGAACCAGACACGGCGCUCGCACCCAUCGAGCAAAACGCAAUCCCGGUAUCUACGCCGCAGACCCAAACCCAAUUUUGGAGGCCGGCAAUGAAGAGAAAGAGCACGUCUCCCGCCCCACACGACGGCAACGGCAACGGCAAUGGCAAAGAGAACGAAGUCCCCGAGCGCUUCACCAUGACGCAAGUUAGGAACGCGUUGCGCGCCACGCCAUCGCUAGCCAGCAUGCAGUCCACCAACCCCGCAUCCGAGCCGACCACAAAAGGGCCUUUCGACUCCACUCGUCGUAAAUCGCUCGCGCACAGAGCGUCUGUUAACACGCUCGCGGGAAACGGAAACAAUACCACGGUUUCGGCGCCGACAUCGACGCUGCGAUUGGUCAAGCGACAGCAGGGUUCCGGUGGGGCCAAUAAGAAUAAAUUCGUCACGCCGACGCCGAGUCCCGGGCCGAAGGCCUCGGCUGAGAAGCUGGGCGGCUCGACGAGUUCAAGGCGUAGGUUCGCGCUGGUGAAUGCGAAAAAGGCGGAGAAUGUUAGCCCGAAGGAUGUCGAGGGUGAGAAUCUGCCGUAUGGUGUGAAGGGAGCUGGAGCUGGUGGGCUGAGUCCGGAGACGGAUUUAGGGCCGAGUUCCGCUCAGACUUUGGGGAGUAAGAAGAUGGUCGAUUUAUUUCUGAGUAGCAGGCGUAGGCGCAUGGCGAGUGAUGAGGAGGGCAGUGUGUUUAUGUGAUUUUUUUUUUUUGGUCUGUUACUGAGUAUUGGCUUGUUUUGGUUCGUUUUGGGUUGGUUUGACUCAAGGGAGUUGGUAAAGAGUGAAUUAAACUUGGGCUAGAUGUGAUGUUUGGGUGGCUGUGAGUUGUAUGGAGUAGAGUACGUUAUGGAUAGGAUAGGAAGUUCAAUGGCAUCGAGGGAAAAGGGGUCGUUAGGGGCUGUUAAGUUAAUUCACUAUCGUUUAGUAUUAAUGAGAAGGAAUGGCUACCCGAAGCUUUGCGCUGGGGUAGACGUAUAAUUGUAAUGAAAAUAGUUUUAUG